GCGCGAGGGAGGGUCCGGGGCCAGGGGCACGGACCCAGGCCCGGGGUUCCGGGGCCGCCUGGGGGGUCCCGCGCCCCCGUCGGGCCCUGACUCCGACUCGGGGCCUGGUCGCGGAGCCGCCGGGCCAGAGGAGUCACGAGACUUCCCGGCGCUGGGCCUGGCCCCAGCCUCAGGCGCCGCUUCCGAGAAAUGGGCCCAGUAGGAAGGCGGGGGCGGGGCAGGGGGUCCGGGCCAGGGGCGCGCGGCCCGCACGGGACGCCGGCCCGUGGGGAGCCGGAACUGUGAGGCAGCCCCUUGAGGCUGGCCUGGGCUUUUCCCCAAGGUGCCCUGGGAUGGCCUCGGCGCCGCCCCGCCCCCACACCGAGCCGCCCCCCCCGCCCCCGUGGUGAGGAACCCCGGAAAGUGAAAGAGAAAGCCAGGGAAGCUCCUGCGUGUUAGACGCCGGUGAUUGGAGCCCAGUGCUUGGGGGUCUCUACAAUGCUUACAGAAGUCGCCCGUUUUUUAGAAUCUGAAAGGCAGAGCAUGGGUGGGGUGGGGGUCUUCGACCUGUUGGUUCACUCCUCCAAUGAGGAGCAGCCUGGACUUCCAUGCAGGCCUCCCACGCUGUGCAGGGGCCCACGCACUUGGGCCACCUUCCACUGCCUUCCCAGGCCACAGCAGAGAGCUGGAUGUGAGUGGAGCAGCCGAGUCCCGAACCAGCGCCCAUGUGGGAUGGCGGCGGCGCUGCAGGUGGAGGCUUAGCCUUCUACGCCACCCCCACCCAGGUUCAUAUUACCUUUAGGACAGGCUUACAGUCCAAAACAGAUAGGAGACCUGGCCACGCCGGGUUUUUCUGUUUCCCAUCACAGCACUUUCCACAAACACCCAAUUGUCCUGCUCCCCUCCCCCAGCUGGGCGCCCACCCUUAUCUUCUGGGCUGGAGACCUCCAGUCUCCUGGGAUCUGAUUCCUGCCUGAGCUGCACCUGGAGGCCAGGGCGUGGCAUCUGCGAGUUUCCCAGAAGCUGCAGGGGGGAAGGCGGCCCACCCUCAUGGAACCAGCCCCACCCCUGGAACGGAGACUGUUCUAACAACGAAGUCACGGCAUUAAAACGGCACAGCAAGCCCCAGACGGAAUCUCGGGCUUGAAGAGUAAGGAGGCUUCCUGUGUCGUUUUCACGAAGAGGAGACAGGACAGGGCAGGUGCCCGGGGCUCGGAGGGUCCCCUGCCUGGCCGGGGCUCCUGACUGCGGUCCCCCGACAGGCCAGCGCGGCCCCGCCCGCCCGGCCAUGGCGGCGGUCAGCAUCAACGCGCUGCCCGAGCACAUCCUGCUGGAGCUGUUCGCGCACGUGCCCGCCCGCCAGCUCCUGCUGCACUGCCGCCCGGUCUGCAGCCUCUGGCGCGACCUCAUCGACCUGGCGACCCUCUGGAAGCGCAAGUGCCUGCGCGAGGGCUUCGUCACCGAGGCCUGGGACCAGCCCGUGGCCGACUGGAAGGUCUUCUACUUCCUGCGCAGCCUCCACAGGAACCUGCUGGACAACCCGUGCGCCGAAGACGGGCUGAGGGCCUGGCAGAUCGACUCCAAUGGAGGAGACGAGUGGCAGGUGGAAAGCUGCCCUGGAGCGCACGGGACCAACUUCCCCGACCCCUCAGUCAAGAAGUACUUUGUUACUUCCUACAGCAUGUGCCUCAAGUCCCAGCUGGUGGACCUCAAGGCCCACGGCUACUGGGAGGAGCUGCUGGACAAGGUGCGGCCCGACAUCGAAGUCAGGGACUGGUUUGCCGCCAGGGCAGACUCCGGCUGCUCCUACCACCUCCGGGUCCAGCUGACCUCUGCCGACUACAUCGUCUUGGCCUCCUUCGAGCCCCCGCCAGUGACCAUCCAUCAGUGGAAUGAUGCCGCGUGGACAGAGGUCUCCCACACCUUCUCGGACUACCCCCCCGGCGUCCGCCACGUCUUCUUCCAACACGGAGGCAAGGACACGCAGUUCUGGGCGGGCUGGUACGGGCCCCGCGUCACCAACAGCAGCGUCAUCGUCAGCUGCAAGACCAGGAACCCGGUGCCCUCCACGGCUCAGCCUGAGACGCUGCCCACCACGGGCCCUGAUGACUGCCAGUGCCCAUCUGACAGCCAGAGGUCCCCUGCAGACAGGAGCUCGGCCUGUGGUGGGCAGGGCCAGUGAGGUCCCCGUUCUAGCCUCGAGCAAGCCCAGCAGCUGGGGCAGCUUCCUGUCACGUAGCUGCCACACUCCACCCUAAUAAACGUUUCCAGUGACACCA